CGUUAGUUGAGUCAGCGCUCGCGCUGUGAACGCGCAGCGCGUUGCCGAGAGCCCGCAGGGCCGCCGCCGGGAGAGAGAAAGAAAGAAAGAGAAAGAAAGAAAGAUUGCCGUCUAAAAAGACGUGCGGCGCUGCAGUCUGCGCUAUGGCGGUAUCCAUCGGGCCCUGAACACCUCUUUCACGACCCCACCCCCGGACCCCGUUUGUUCGGUGCAGCUGGCGGCGAUGCUUCGGUGCCAUCGGUUACUUUCCGGGGCCAACCCGCGACGCGCUGCCCGGCUGCCCUAAGGCUUCGCCUCGGCCGCUCAGCCGGACCGUAACGCAGGUGGAAACAUCUGAAGUCUUUUCUGCAGUUUCUUCAGGAUAAUCUAACUGUAAUUCAGCUAUUAGAAGAUAGUCACGAAAUUCGGCUAGUAUCAUGGCUUCAGAUGAACACAGCGUGCCUGCAAUCGAACAUUCCUCGGGCUUACUAGAAAAGAUGUCCUUGCCGAUCGGUAUGCAUCGCAGGGCAUUCAGUUACGACGAUGCCUUGGCAGAUUUCUCGCCAAUGACUCCUCCACCGUCUGAUAUGGGAAGCAGUAUUUUGUGGAAGCAACCCGUUAUCCCUGAGCGGAAGUACCAACAAUUGUCUAUGGUGGAAGAUGGAGAAAAUGGUGUUCCACCUUCAUUAGUUGCUCCUUCAUUUGGUCAAAAUCUAAACAAAGUUCAUGUGGUAAAAGCUAAAGCAACAUCUGUCAUUAUGAAGUCACUUAUGACACAGCAGACGCAGGAAAGUAUACAACGAUUUGAGAAGCAGGCGGGCCUGACAGAUGCUGGUUACCAACCACACAAAGGCCUAGUUGCAGAAGAGGCCAGUUAUCACCGUGUAGGAGAGGCAUUACAGAAAUUCAAAGCACAGAGUGUGGAUCUAGGUAAAGAAGAUAAGCAGAUAUCCUCCACUCAAUCGACUCCGUGCGGAUCACCACAGUCCUCACCAAUGCCAAGCCGCAGGUCUUUCUUUGGCCAGGGGGCAUCUUCUGAUUUGAGCGGUAGAAGUAUGGAAGGAGAAUCCACCACAUUGGUUAGUGAAACAACUGCCACUGAGAAAUGGAAACCGUUUAUGCGUUCGCACACUUACAGAGGAAUCGAAUCAGGUAGUUUUGCCAUUCAGAAAUAUAAAGGCAUGCAAAAACCCUCGCCGAUGGACAUCAUGCGUACUCAGGGGACUGUUUCAAAAAUUGGAGAAGGUCAUGCAAACUUGAAUGCCCCCAAAAUGGAGCUAACUAUACCAGACAGGCAAAAACGGCCAGUUCGUAGUCAUCAUGUAGAGCCCAGAGAUUUAAAUGCUUUUGCUCCUACAGGAUUUUAAAAUGAACUGCAGUUAAGGAGCACCAAAUAUGUGUGCCCUCUACUCAAAUGAAUUAUGACGUUAACUUGCUGCUCAUCUAAUGAAAUUUCAUUUUGUUGUAUCUGACUACACCUACACAGAAAUUUUAUUUUAAACUGGGAAAAGUGAGAUCUGGAAAAAAAAAAGAAUUUUGAUUCUGUUGUAGUCUUUGUCCAGUUCCAUUCAAAAAGAGCACCUAAGUUAAUGGAUGAAAAGUGCAAUACAUUGUUGUUUUUGCUUUCCUAAUUUACCAGCUUGUGAUUUAAAAAAAAAAAGGUGUUACAGAAUAAUGCACUUCAGUUGUGUGAGGUAAAGAGAGAGAGAGAGACUAAUAGGAUAAAAGUGUUACACGUAAGUUGUCUGUGCUUGUCUGUAUCUAAUGUUAAAUAAACAUGAACACAAUUUUGUGACUUAA